UUUCCCUUGAUGUAUUAUAGGUAUGGAUGUAGAACCUGGAAAAGAAGGUGGUACAUGGCUUGCUAUGAAGAAAAAUGGAAAGAUUGGUGCAUUAUUGAAUAUCCUGCAGCCUGAUAAUGAAAUACUCCCUGAUAAGAAAGGCAGAGGUUUUUUAGCUGUUGAUUAUGUAGUUGGUCAGAAAGAAUGUUUUAGUUACUUACAUGAUAUAAGUUUGGAGAAAGAAAACUAUAAUGGAUUUUUAUUAGUCUUAAUGGAUCUUAGUUGUUUCAAAACUCCACAAAUAGCAUAUUUUACCAAUGCAUCGUCACAACCACCUGUUACUAUCGGACCAGGAAUUCAUGCAUUUGGUAACAGUAUUACUCCUGAAACACCUUGGCCUAAAGUGACUAAAGCAAAAGAAAAGUUCACAGAAGUUGUAAAGAAAAAUCCGUCUGUUGCAACUAAGGAUGUUCUAGUAGACGAAUUAUUUGCUUUGCUUCGCGAUCGCUCAUGCUACAGCCUUGAUGAAAAUAUGAAAAAGCAAGGGAAAAGUAAAACAUCUAUGUUUCUGGACAAACUUAGUGCUAUAUUUGUCAACAUUCCUGAAUCAAAUUAUGGUAGUAGAUGUCAUACUGUGAUCUUAGUUGAUGGAUCCAAAAAUGUUGAUUAUUUUGAACGCAGUCGAAAUGAGAAGUUACCACCAGAAACUGAUGAAGAAUGGAUUUUAUGUCAUUAUAAUUUCAAAUUAUCGUAAUCACAUAUACUUAAUAAACCACAUGUCAAGAGACAUAGAAUUAAUUUUUCUACAGCUCAGCUUAGUUAUAAAAGUGAGAUUAAGUAUGUGAUAAAAAAAUAAUGAGUGAUUUAGAAAAGUGAAAUUAUGUGUGUGAUAAAAUAAGUGAGAUUAAGUAAGUGAUGGAAAAAAGGUGAUUAAGUAAGUGAUAAAAGAAAGUGAGAUUGAGUAAGUCAUAAAAAAAGUGAGAUUAAAAGAUGUAUCUGAGUGAAAAUUUAGUUUUCAAAUUUUACUGAAAAUAUCUUUGUGCAAAUAUAUUUAUUCAUUUAUUUGUCAUUGUUAUUUAAAUAUUUAAAUUUUUGAUGUAUUCUACAUUUCUUGUAAGGAUUUUUACCCUUGCAUAUUGCUAAAUUUUUAUUAGUUUCUCUACAAAUAUGCACAAGGGUCAGAAUUUGAUGAAAUAUUCAGAUAGUUUUGUUUGAAUCUGAUUUAUUUACGUUUUUAUUAUAUUUUAUUUGAAUAUGAACUUUUUUUCUUCAAUAAGUACCCAGAGUGCAGUAUUUGUUACAUAUGUAGCCUAUUGCAUUUAUUCAGUAAGUAAUUAUCUCUUUAAAAAUUAAAUAGAAUAAUUGUUAAUAAUUUUAUCUUAAGAUACUGAUAAUUAUUGCUUUUAUUUAAUUAUCAGUAAAUGGUUAAUAUUUACUUUCAUUUAAAUGUAAUGUUUUUUAUAUUAUAAAAAGGUCUUCAGGGUCUUUCAAAUCAAACUGCUUGUUUGUUAUAUUUAACGAGUCAGAAGCACAAAAUAUUCAGGUCUAAAGAUUAUUUCUGAUCGUUUUGGAAUAGGUUAUACUACAGUCAUGCAGUGAAAACACCAAAAGUUCAAGGCAAAACAGGAUUCUGCUGCUGUGGUGCUUCUGUUGCUAUAAUCUACUAGCUGUCUUGAUUGUCAUAGCUUAGUUGGAAAUCUUUAGUGGGAAGGAUAGUUGUAAUCUAUCCCUUGUACUAAAGAAAGAAAAUAUGUGAGGAAUAAUUACUUAUAUACCCUCAAAAAAUAAAAAAUUAGACUUUCCCUUAUCCGUUUUGUAUACAGCUUUGCCUAUUUGUCCUCGAAGGAUUAUUUUAUUAUCUUUAUAUAUGCUCGCAACAAACACAUUAGUAAACUUGUUUGCUCUCAAAACCCAAUGAUCUGAAUGAAGCUAAGCAAUGCACAGAACUCCACCUAAAUGAAUUAGCUCAUUCAAGUUGCUUGUUACGCUUUCAUUAGUCAAUCUACCAGCUCGAAAUAGAAUAUGCUUUCUCUUGUUUAAAUUUCAGUUCAAAUGAAAAGAGGGCAAAAUUUUGAUAUUGCUUAUCAUACGAGUGAAAUAUAUAAAAGAGUGCGAUCACAGAUUUACAAAAAUCCAGAAUCAUUAUUCUUCGCGUCUGCAGUCCACAGGUUAAACUUGUUUACAAUACAUGUAACUGAAUGCUGCUCAGAAGGGAUUACUAAAUCUUUUGGAUAAUUUUACAAAAAUUAUUUAACUCACAUAGUAACAGCCCAUAACAAUGGGAAGUAUUAAAGAAAAUCAUUUAAAUUUCUGAGUACUUGUCUGCAGGAGUGCGACAUUUGUACAAAAUAUUCCUAGAAUAAUAGAUAGAGAUAAUAGAUCAAGAUUACGUUUAAAUUUGACUUGGAAAACAUGUGAAGAAAAAAACAGCUUUAUAUGGAUGCAUUCAAAUGUAUUUUGAUACUGAUUAAAUAAUGUUGACUAAUAUUAAUUGCAGACUCUUACAACAUGAUACUAUAUAUAACUCUUAUACAAGUGCACUACUGCAACAUUGCCAAGCUACUAUUGAUAUAACAUUCCAUAGUCUGUGUGGUCUUACUCAUACAAAAAAUAAAUUCCUGAGAUUUGAUAAUUAGCAAACAUUAACUGAUUCUAAAAAUUAGGACAUAAUUCCAGAAUUUGCAUCAAAUGCAUAAAAAUGACAAAGAAAAUAAAAACUUUCAGGCAAAUCAA